AUGGCUGACCGCAAGCAAACGACGUACAAAAAGACGUCUGAGAAAGACAUGUUUAGCUUGGUCAGAGCUUUUCAAAAGUUAAGCCCUAUGAAACAUCAAUACUCCGAGCUGUCUAAAUCAGAUUCGACGUCGUCAAUGUCAUCUGGAAGUAGCUUCGUUUCCAACUCUUCCGUAUCGAUAACCCCGAUGCAAAAAUCAUCAUCGAGUUCUUCGAAAUAUCAAAGCGCAAGUUCACAACCCGGAACGUCUGGGAUGAAGGAUAAGUAG